UUCUUCUCCCCUCCAGCCCCUACUUGGUUCUGCCACUCGGAUCCUCCAUCCACCAGACUGAGCAAGUUGCUUCCUUCUGACUCCAUCCCUGUGCGGCCAGCCACCCCCCCAACCACUCUCCUCCUCCUGUUUUCCUUCCAGAUCUGAGCUCACGCGUUGUUCUUUCCCUUACUUCCUACUCCAUCCUCCCCUUCCUCCAUAGGGAAGACACUCCCUUUGCCCACGUACCAUGCCUCCCGCCCCCCACCAACCCUGACCUCCAAGUAUUUGGGAAAGAAGAUGGGUAAGCCGCAUUCUUUCUCUGUGGCCUGGUCUGGCCCCUUGGAGGGAGAAGACAGUAAACAUUUGAAGUGGAAAAUAAGCUGGAGCCAGGGGGUGGUCAGGAAGUGAGUGAUUAGAGGUUGGGAGUCCAGAGAAGGGCUUCCUCUGGGUGCUGAGGAAGUGGGAAUGGGGAGGUGCACAGGUGGUCUGGAGGGUCCGCAGGAAGGACCCCAGGCUGUGCUGGAAGGAUGCUCAGGCUCUGGACAGAGCAGGGUUGCUGAAGACAUUCCUGGACCGCCUGGAUUAUGCUGAGAGCCUGAUGCUUGCUCUGGCCUUCAUUGCUCCACCCCCGCCCCACUAGGUCGGUAUUUGUGUGUCCUGGACCUAGAGAGGCCCCUGGACUUGCCACUGUCCCUGCUCUUCUCUCCCUGUCCCGCCUUCCCCGCCGCCCGCCCCACUGGCCAGUCCCCACGCCCACACGCCCGAGGCUGCCUCAUCUGGCACUGAUUAUCUGUGCUGCUGCCGCCGCCGCCGCUGCUGCUGCACUCAGCCACUGCCUCUGUCUUGAAGACCCCAGCACUUCUCUCCACCCCCGCCCCCGGCCAUGCUGCCUGCCGCCACAGCCUCCCUCUUGGGGCCCCUCCUCACUGCCUGGGCUCUGCUGCUGCCUUUCACCUAUGGCCAGACCCCCAACUACACCAGACCCGUGUUCCUGUGCGGAGGGGAUGUGACUGGGGAGUCGGGUUACGUGGCAAGUGAGGGUUUCCCCAACCUCUACCCUCCCAAUAAGGAGUGCAUCUGGACAAUAACGGUCCCUAAGAGCCAGACUGUGUCCCUCUCCUUCCGAGUCUUUGACCUGGAGCAGCACCCCAGCUGCCGGUACGAUGCUCUGGAGAUCUUUGCCGGGUCUGGAACCUCAGGCCAGCAGCUCGGACGCUUCUGCGGGACCUUCCGGCCCGCGCCCUUAGUCGCCUCCGGCAACCAGGUGACCCUGAGGAUGAGAUCGGACGAGGGCACGGGAGGACGAGGCUUCCUGCUCUGGUACAGCGGGCGGGCCACCUCCGGCACUGAGCACCAAUUUUGCGGGGGGCGGCUGGAGAAGGCCCAGGGAACCCUGACCACGCCCAACUGGCCCGAGUCCGAUUACCCCCCUGGCAUCAGCUGUUCCUGGCACAUCAUCGCGCCCCCGGACCAGGUGAUCUCACUGACCUUCGGCAAGUUUGACCUGGAGCCCGACUCCUACUGCCGCUACGACUCGGUCAGCGUGUUCAACGGACCCGUGAGCGACGACGCCAAGCGGCUGGGGAAGUUCUGUGGCGACACAGUCCCGGGUUCCAUCACCUCCGAAGGGAACGAGCUCCUCGUCCAGUUCGUCUCGGACCUCAGCGUCACGGCCGACGGCUUCUCGGCCACCUACAGGACCCAGCCUCGGGGCGCCACCGAAGGAGGCCCAGGGGAGGUCGGCCCGGGCCCCAAGCCCGGAGCCGGGCCCAAAGUCAAGCCCGAAGUCCCACCUGAAGAGAAACCCAAAGCCGCGCCGAAGGCAGAAGCAACUCCGGUGGGCCCGGAUGCACCCAGUGUCACCUGCCCAAAGCAGUGCCGGAGGACAGGCACCUUGCAGAGCCACUUCUGUAACAGCGACCUGGUGGUGACAGGAAUGAUUAAGUCCAUGGUGCGGGGCCCAGGGGAGGGCCUCACAGCAACUGUCAAUAUCACUGGUGUUUACAAAACCGGAGGCCUGGACCUGCCCUCUCCACCCACUGACACCCUCCUGAAGUUUUAUGUGCCAUGCAAGCAGUGCCCCCCCAUGAAGAAAGGAAUCAGUUACUUGCUGAUGGGCCAGGUGGACAAGAACAGAGGUCCCAUCCUUCCUCCAGAGAGCUUCGUGGUUCUCCACCGGCCUACCCAGCACCAGAUCCUCAUCAACCUCGGCAGGAAGUGCCCCUCCAAGCCUGUUUAGCCUGCUGGGUCGCAGGCCAACCUCCCCACCCUGGACCUAGGGACCCCUUUCUUAUUCAAAUAAAUGUUUCUUGAUUGAGGAAGGGGUCACAUUUCCAUUUCCACGGUUUCGGUGCUCCUCUUGGGGGAUUUGUUUUCAUUCCUUCUUUCAACUCAAGGGUUACUACACAGAAGAAUGUAAGUUGAAUCUUGUCACCCCUUUGCUCAAAAUUCUCCCAAAUUCUCCACACACACACAAAAUGGCAACUAUUAAUAUGCAGAGGUGAUGGAUAUGUAAAUUAGCUUGACUGUGGCAAUCUUUUCACAAUGUAUACAUAUAUCGAAAUGUCCAGUUGUACAUCUUAAAUAUAUACAAUUUUUAUAUGUCAAAGAUAUCUCAAUAAAGCUGUUUU